CUUCUUUCUUUCUCUCUCUUUUUCUCUCUCCUCUCAGCCGCCAUCCUGAGUUCUGGCUUCCUGGUCGCCCAGGCCCAGGAGAUUCCUAUUCUUAUUGCAGUGGAACCAUCACAGCCAUUGGAAGGACAGGACGUCACUCUGAUUCCAGGAGGGAUAUCGAACUUUGUUUUAUGCAGCUGGUAUCGAGGAGAAGACGCUGAAGCAAAUCGGAUCUUUACAUAUUACCCAACAUCACCUCCUGUGCAGCAGAAUGGUACAGCCUUUACUGGACGGGAGACUGGAGGUUCAGACUGUUCCCUGCACAUCAGAAGUCUGGUGCGGAACGACUCUGGAGUCUAUAUAGUGUCAAAGGCUGUGCCUACUGCUCCUGAAAGGGGGCGUGUGCGUAUGGAAGUCUUAGACGGACCCGAACUCCCUGAAAUCCAACCAACUGAACGUUCGUACAGUCCGCAUUCCGAAAUCAGACUCACCUGUUCUGCCAAUGCGUUCCCCGAUCCACAUUAUAUUUGGUUCCUCAACGGGAAGGAACAUAGCAGAACAUCUGAACUGCUGAUCCGAGAUGCUACCCCAGAGGAUUCUGGGAGUUAUGUCUGCCAAGCGUGGAAUGUACUUUCUCGCCACAAGAGCAACGCCUUCUUGGAGAUUGAGGUGGCGGGUAGUGUAUCUAAUGUCACCAUCAUAGGCCCUUCCGAAGCGAUAGAGUACCAUGCCGUCCAGUUGAAUUGUACCUCUCUAGGUAGUCUCGUUUCUUACUACUGGUUUAAAGGAAACCAGACGGUGGAACCAGGAGAUCGUGUCGUUCUGUCAAACCAAAACAAGACCCUCGCGCUCAACUCUAGCAACAGGAACGACACUGGAAGCUACGUCUGCCAAGGGGUCAACAGCUUCUCAUCCCAGUUCAGUGAGCCUCACUGGCUGGAAAUUUUCUACGGGCCUGAUAGCCCCGUAAUUGACCCCCAAGAGUCAGUCUAUAACGAGGGUUCCACCCUCAACCUCUCAUGCUUUGCCGACUCCAACCCACUUGCAAACUAUUCUUGGUGGUAUAACGAUACGCUACUGGAAGACCAGAAGGAUUCUCAUCUUCUGAUCCAAGAUCUUUCGGUGAGCAGUGCCAGGAAUUAUACUUGUAACGCCACCAAUGACUAUACCGAUGGCUUCAAUACCACCAGCCUUAAGAUCACGAUCUUGGAACGAGUGUCUAAUGUCAUCAUCACCAGUCGCCCUGAAAAGGCCAUUGAAAAUAAGGUCCUCGUUCUUGACUGCAGUUCUGCAGGCAGCGAUGUUUCCUACACCUGGUCAAAAGGGGACCAGGUACUGGGUAAUGGCAGCCUCAUGUUCAGCCCAGUCAGACGGAAUGACACAGGCAACUAUACCUGCACUGGACGUAACAGUUUCUCCAACUCCAGCGCCACCUACCUGCUGGAUGUCUUGUAUGGGCCUGAUGAGCCGGUAAUCAGCCCCCCAAGGCACGAUUACGGAGAGGGAUCCCUCCUCACCCUCUUCUGCCACGCUGACUCGCACCCUCCAGCACAGUACACUUGGUCCUUUAACGAGACUGAAUUUACCGAGACGGGCCCCCAGCUUACGAUACCUAGUCUGUCCUUCAACCAGACUGGGGAUUACACCUGCAGUGCUUUCAACCCUGAGACCAACCUUUCCAGCUCUACAAGUUGGGAGAUCAAGGUGCUUGAAAAGCUGCUCCCGCCAAUUCUGUGGCCUGCAGAUCUCUUUGUGAAAGAGCACGCAAACGUCACCUUAAACUGUAAUACCUCCGAAAGCUCCAGUGUCGACGUCUUCUGGUUCAAGGAUGGGAACCCCAUCCCGGCUACGUCACUCCUUUCUGAACGGAACCGAACCUUCAACAUUCCUGACGUCAGCCAAGACGAUGUGGGGGUGUAUACAUGUCAGGCCCGGAACCCGGCUAACAGCGCCACGAGCAACCCUAGUAAAAUAGCCGUGGACUCUCCGGCUCCGGCUCCGACUCCGGGUCCAGGCCUCUCUGCCGGGGCGAUAGUCGGGAUUGUCAUCGGGUGCCUUCUAGGAGUCGUCCUCAUUGGUGUGGUGGUGUAUUUUGCAUUAAAGAGCACCGCCUUGGGGAGGAUGGCGCAACACUCAUCCAAUGGAAACAUACCCUCUGCACCCGGCCACAACCAGGGCGUCACUGAGACCAAACCCACGGCGGGUGAAGAGGACAUACAGUAUACCACACUAGCCUUCAACUCCAACAGUCCCCCUCAGCCAAGCCCGGGGCCCAACAUCCCCUUGGAGAGUGGCACGAUUUAUUCAGUAAUCAAAAAGAAAUGAUCGGAGAGAUUGAUUUUC